AUGGACGCCAACCCUGCCCCCGGCGCUGUGCCAGCUGUCGCCGGCAUUGACAAAGUCGUAGCCGAGCCAGCGGCCGCCGCGCCUGCCACCGCCAUCGAUGCCCCCGCCACGGCCGCGAACCCUACUGCUGCCGAUGACGCCAAGACGGCCGACGAGCAGCCUGCUGCGCCCGCGGUCCCGGCUGCCGCUGCUGCGCCCAAGGCGGCCACCGUCGAGGAUGCCUCGGACAAGGGCACGCCCGUCGCCGUGUCAGGCGCGGCCGAGCCCUCGAAGCCCAUCCCUGGACUGACCUCGUCCGAGGCCGCCGCGCCCGUCACGGCCGAGACGACGGCCACGGAGGGCGUCAAGGACGCCGCGGCUGCCGAACCCGCUGACAAGACGGAUGUCACGGCCGACGAGCUCGUCCAGGACAAGCCCGUUGGUGUCAAUGGCGUCGCGUCCCCGAGCAAGGACGCCGAGAUGACGGGCGCUCUCAAGGAGACAGAUGCCGCCCCUGCUGCUGCCCCUGUUACCGAGGAGCCCGCCGCCGCUGCUGCUCCUGCUGACAAGCCCACUGACCCCGAGGGCGACGGCGCGGCGCCCACCAACGGCGACGCCAAGAAGAGGAAGCCCGGCCGCCCGCCCAAGGCCGCCGCGGCCAACGGCACCGAGAACGGCAACGGCCACGGCCACGGCGAGGACAAGGAGGGGCUCGGCGAGAAGCUUGCGAAGAAGGUCAAGAAGGUGCUGCCUGCGCCUGGCAAGACGGCGCGCAAGACGCGCAGCCAGGGUCCUGCUUAG